UGUGCUUUUCAGACUAAAAUUAAUUUUCUGCCUUUAGUCAACCAUUUUUAGCAUCACACAUUGCUGUCGUUAGCGAGUUUUCAAAACAAAAAAAUGAGCGCUGAACAAAAACCGAAUGGCGUUUCUUAUGAAUUUUUAUCUGAUUUGCAUUCCAAACUAGAGCAGUUUGACAAUGCGAUUGAAUUGACACUGCUUGAUGUCGUGAAGAAUAUUAUUAUCCCGGAAACUCUCCAGAACAAAUCGAAUUAUGUGUCAACCUUGGAUCAGACAUCCGACUUGGUGGGCGUGGCAAAUGUCAUAGUGAUUGCUUCUGAAGACACUCCUGUCUUGGAAACCCUGAGCAUCUUGAGGAGUUACGCGAGGGAGAAGAUGCCGGCCAUUCGAUGCUACUUCUUCAUCGAGGAGUUCUCGCUCUCUCAACACAAGAAGGGACCCAAGUUUGAAACUUCUUCCGAUAUUGAAAAGCAUUUCAAUCUGUUCCCAGCUGAAGGAGUUAUACAAGCAGUCUCAACUCUUUCUCCGUGGCCGAAUCCACUGCUGUUUCGAAGCGAAUACGAUCUGCUCAAGCAAGACAACUGUAUUUGCAAAAACAUCCCAAUAGAUUUCAGACUCUCGCAACCUUCAAACGUCAAUGUCAGAGCAGAUUUGCUGGAGAAUUUCUCAGAAACUGUUGAUUUAUUAGCUUCAAUAAAACACCAAAAUGCCAUCUCCAAGAAUGAUAACGAUAAAUAUGUCUUCGGAGAGUACGUGAAUAAGCUCGCCGGAGGCUCCGAGAACCUCAAUGGUCGUUUGUUGAUCACAUUGUACGAUUGGCUCUUUUCCAUAACUCAGAACGCCGAAAAAGUUCUGCUGGAAAUCAUUUACGGUGACGUUAAUAACGCACCUGAAAGUCAGAGAAAAAGAAGUUCGGAUCUUGACGAACUGAUGAAAUCGAAAUUUCACAACAAAACGAAAACAGCCUGCAUAGAAAUUGAAGGUGUUGCAGAAAAUGAUGAUAUAACAAACGUGGAAAACGCAGAAGUUUCCAUUGGCGCAGAGGCUCAAUCAAAUUCAAAGCACCAAAAUGAAGUUGUUCGAAACGAAUUAGGUGAUGAUGAAAGCGCUGAGACGACCCCGGCUUCCACUAAAAGCGAAACUUUGGAAACUGAGAGCGACGAAACUCCUCAAAUCGAAAUAUCACAAGAAAAUGUUCUGCUUCCAGAACACACUUAUACACCCAAGAAAGAAUCUGAAUCUGGUUCCGUCCUGGAAACGAACUCGGAAACUUCUGCAACUGUAAUUGCCGUCAAAAAUGAAGAUAAAGGCGAGUUAAAUGCUGACAAUAAUGAGAAUAAUAAUGAUGAUGAUGAUAAGAACGAUUAUCAAGUUGAUAGCAACGUUCAUUUCAAGCAUUCGGAAGUUCUGAAUGAUGGUUUUUCAGGAUCCAAACAAGUGAGGUUGCCUGUUAAUCAGAACAAGAAAAAGAGUGUCACUUUCAACGAGUUAGUAGACGUUAAGGAAGUAAUUAUAAAAAGAAAAACUGGAUUGGAAGGCAUUAAUUUGUUCAUGGACGACGACAACAACGAUGAACUUCAGAGAGCCGAACACAGUUCGAAUUUUGUCGAUGAUGAUAACGAUGCGGAUACUUCAGUUCAAGAAGAGGUUUUUAGGGUGAAACUGGAGUUGCAGAAACCUGCAGUCACCUUAAUUGACAGCGAAGAAGCGUUUCAAAAUUUGGACGACAGUGAUAAUGAUGGUUUUGGUGUAGAUAACUCUGUUCUGAAAAUUGAUCACGAACCAGACGGGGUAAAUAUCAUUCCUCAAAUCAAAAUUCAUGAGUGUGAAGAGCUCCAAGAAGAAGAAGAAAUUGAAGAUUCAAGCACUGAGACUAGACCCGUGAACAAUAACUUGCCUGAAGAUGAUAAUGACACGCAGACAACUUCGGAUGCUGAAAAUUUUGCUGAAAACGAUAAACUAAUAACAAAAGAAGGCUUCAUUGAAAACACCGACGAUACACAAAGUUUGUCUUCAGAAAUUGAUAUCAACAUCGAAAGUAAAAUUGACAACGAAAGUCACGUGGAUAUUACAGGAAAGGAAUCGGCGAAUAAUGCACUUGUGCAAGAUAAAGAGAAAACAGUAGACUCUUCUUCGAAUGUCGAAAGGGAACCAAAUGACGACGAAUCGCAAUUAGCCGAGGAGUCAUCGGAGGAGGAAACAGUUGCGGAAGAAAGGGAGGAUUUCAAAGAAGACUUGGAUCCGACGAUGGCGUACAAUUUGACGCAGUUGCAGCAGUUACAGAGUAAUCUAGCAGGAAUGCUCAGUACCUUGCAUGGGAAGUCAGGAUCCGCUGUCCAGUACUACUUCAAAGCCCUCGAGAACCAGAGGCGAGUGUUCGGUCGGCACAACGGGCAAGUGGCCGAAUCACAGCUCAAAAUAGCCGAAGUGCUGCAGAAAGAAGACAGAAUUGAAGACUGCCUAGAUUACUACAAAAGAACGCUUAAAACUCUCAAGGCUACCGCAAAUAAGGAGGAGGAUAAAUUGAGUGAAAGUGAAGGGAAUGCAGAGCUAGUAAGCCAAGUGGCCUUUCGGAUAGCGGAACUCCAGUUGAACCAGAUGAAUAAUCAUGUAACCGCGCUGGAGUUCUACCUUGAGGCAUUGAGCGCCAUGGAGCGAACACGAUCAGCGUCUGAUUCUGAUCUAAUCAAUAUCCACCAGAAGAUUGGGAACCUCUACCUACGCGACAAGGAUUACAAAAAAGCCCUCUGCCACUUAGAAAUAGCCGAUGAAAAGAGAAAAACGGAGCCAUCGGAGGACAAAAAGCAGAGCUCAGAAGAGAACUUCAUUAGUGACCAAAUCGAGACUUGUAUCAAAAUGGGCAAAAUUUACUUUCAAGCCUCUGAGUAUGGAAAAGCUUCAGAUAAAUUAUCACGCGCUCUGGACUUGAUGGAAAGCGUAAAAAACUCAAGCACCGAAAUGAAAAUGGAAAUACUGGAUAUUCUUGGCUCCAGUUUGUUCCAUCAGCAAAAACACACGGAAGCCCUGAAAUACUUCACGAAACUUCUGACCUUGCAACAAACCACAGAAAAAUCAGCCAACCAAUCAAAACCGACAUCAACCUCGGCGGAAGUGUCACUCAGUCUAUGCAAAAUUGGUCGAUGCCAUCUGCUUGAAGGGCAGUUCGAAAAGGCACUGAGCCAUUUCAAAAGGGAUCUCGACAUACAGAAAAGUUUGUAUGGCGAAGACAGCGAGCAAGUAGGAAGAGCUUGCGCCAACUUGGGAGAGAUUUAUUUGAAAAAAGGGGACAUAGGGAAAACACUGGAAUUUUGGAAAAAAGCUUACUGGAUUCUGGACGAAAAACUGGGCGAGAAAAAUGCAGAGACUCUAUUAGUCAAAUCUUACUUGGAAAAACUAAUCUGGAUUACUGCUUAAUUUAGUUCUUUAGGUUUA